AUGGAAGCCGAAAGACCUUCAACGCCGCCCGCAAAAUCGGGCGCUGACAAGCCCGGCGAGCUCCCAAGGGGUCCGCUCACACCCGAACAGUUGUGGAGGAUUGAGGUCAAUCGCAUGAAAGCCAAGGCGAUUCGUGAGCAACGAGAGGCCGAGGAAGCCCAAAAACGAGCUGCAACACCCAGCAGUUUGAGCAGCGUCAAAGGGGUAAAGCGAACAUACUCUUCUAUGACAGCGUCAGAGACACCUGCGACAUUACGAGAUGCGUCGGCGAACCGCCCUCUUGACGCGAUCAAGCCCGCCCGCAAUUUCACCAAGUAUGUGGAGUAUGACUUUAGCAAGAUGACCGACACGAAAGGAGGUUUCUUAACUCAAGAGGAUGAUCCAUACAACAAGGCGUUGAAUGUCCGAGGUGGGAAUGAGGAGCAGAAACCUGCGCAUAUGACGCAGAAAGAAUGGGAACGACAGCAACUGCUCAACUCUCUUCGCCGAGACCGAGCAGGGCCAUUCGAACCCGGGCUGAGCGUGCUAGAGGAUAAAAGCAAGCAGAAAACGUGCCGCGAAUGUGGAAGUCUUGAGAUCGACUGGAAGUGGGAGGAGCUACUCCGAUGUUGUAUAUGCCAUGCUUGUAAGGAGAAGUACCCGGAGAAGUACAGUCUUCUGACGAAGACGGAAGCAAAGGAAGAUUAUCUGUUGACCGAUCGUGAGUCUAUCCCCGAACUUGUUUCUAUCAAAGGCGAAAUCACUAACGCCGCGCUUCUCGCAGCCGAACUCCGCGACGAAGAGCUUUUACCACACCUGGAGCGACCGAACCCUCAUAAGUCGACUUGGAACAACAUGAUGCUCUAUCUACGAUAUCAAGUCGAAGAAUACGCGUUCUCUCCAAAGAAAUGGGGUUCUGCUGAAGCGUUGGAUGCUGAAUUCGAACGACGAGAGAAUGAGAAGAAGCGGCGGCGGGAGGCGAAAUUCAAGACCAAGCUGCAAGAUCUCAAGAAGCGCACCAGAGUCGAAGCAUACCGACGUAAUCGUCAAGGUGCUGCCGGAGGGAAUUUUGGCGAUGAUCUGGGGAAAGGUGGUCGACAUGUACAUCAAUGGGGCCGAUCUGUGGAGGAUCCUGAGACAGGCAUAGGGAUCAAGAAGUGUGUUGACUGUGGCAUGGAGAUUGAGGAACUGGAAUUAUAA